ACAGUUAAGUCUGAAGUUCACAUAAGACCAACUCGUUCACUGUCUCAGAGGCACUUGCCGAAGCCAACUCCAUUACAGCAAAAUGGCCAUUCUGUUUGGAUUAUACACCCUGGGGAGCAUAACUUCAAUCAUCCUACUUAUUCUGCUGGCAUGCAUCACAUACCAUCCACUUAAAAGGUAUAUACACAAAUGGAGUGUGAUGAGGCCAAUUCCAGGAAUGGAGAGUGCCUUCCCAAUCAUUGGCAAUGCUCUGCAGUUCAAAGCCAAUGCAGCAGAUUUUUUCAACCAGAUUGUUGAGGGCACCAAUGAGAACAGGCACAGGCCCCUGGCGAAGGUUUGGGUGGGACCCGUCCCCUUCCUCAUCUUAUAUCAUGCAGAGACCAUUGAGCCUGUCCUAAGCAGUUCCAGACAUCUUGACAAAUCCUUUGCCUACAGAUACCUAGAACCCUGGCUUGGCACAGGUCUACUGACCAGCACAGGAGACAAGUGGCGGAGCCGACGCAAAAUGCUGACCCCGACUUUCCACUUCUCCAUCCUCACCGACUUCCUGGACGUGAUGAACGAACAGAGUGAUAUUUUGAUCCAGAAGAUGGAGAAGCAUGUAGGCGGAGAGCCAUUCAACUGCUUCAGCUACAUAACACUCUGUGCUCUGGACAUCAUAUGCGAAACUGCAAUGGGCAAGAAGAUCUACGCUCAAAGCAAUGCUGACUCGGAAUAUGUCAGAAGUGUGUAUAAGAUGAGUGACAUCGUCACUAGGAGACAGCGAGCGCCCUGGUGGUGGCCAGAAUGGAUUUAUAAUACAUUUGGAGAGGGUCAAGAACAUGCCAAACGACUCAAGGUCCUGCACUCCUUCACUGCAAGUGUGAUCAAAGAGAGAGCAGUGCACAUAAGUGAAGGAUCAGACAGUGAGUCAGACCACGGCCCAAGAAAGCGUAGGGCUUUCUUGGAUAUGCUGUUAAAAACCACUGAUGAUGCUGGCUGCGUGCUGAGUCAUGAGGACAUUCAGGAGGAAGUGGAUACCUUCAUGUUCGAGGGCCAUGACACCACAGCAGCUGCCUUGAACUGGGCUUUACAUUUAAUAGGCUCUCAUCCAGAGGUCCAGGAGAAAGUGCAUGCAGAACUGAAGGAAGUGUUUGGUUCAUCAGAGCGUCAUGUGGGGGUGGAGGACCUGAAAAGGCUGCGUUACCUGGAGUGUGUCAUCAAGGAGAGCCUGCGCAUCUUCCCCUCCGUGCCGUUUUUUGCACGCAGCAUCUGCGAGGACUGUCACAUAAAUGGGUUCAAAGUCCCAGAAGGUGUGAAUGCUAUGAUCAUCCCUUACGCUCUUCAUCGUGACCCCCGCUUCUUUCCAGAGCCCGAGGAGUUUAGACCUGAACGCUUCCUGCCCGAGAACAGCGUAGGAAGACAUCCGUAUGCAUACAUCCCGUUCUCCGCAGGCCCCAGAAACUGCAUCGGCCAGCGCUUCGCUAUGAUGGAGGAGAAGGUGGUUCUUGCUGCUGUAUUGCGUCACUUUGACGUGCAGGCAUGUCAGAGUCGUGAGGAGCUGAGACCCCUGGGGGAGCUCAUCCUGCGUCCAGAGAAGGGCAUUUGGAUCAGACUGAACAAAAGGGCCAACUGAACCUCAGCCACUAAAUCUUCCAUGCAAGCUCUUCAUGUAGUGGAGACGUCUUUGCCAUUGCUCAUUUUGUGGUAAAUUAUAGUCUGUGCAAACACCUACAAGGCAAAUAUGAGGCACAGCAAUUCUCUAGUAGCCCAUUUAAGAGCCAAGUGUAGUAUUCAGUGCACUUGAACUCACUGAUCCAGUGCUUUUAUCAAAAAUCAAUAGGUUGUCAAUAUUAUCCUACAGUAAAAGCUUCAGUCAAUGCAUUAUCCAAUACAUUGUAUGUACACAGGAUAAACAUUCAUAAAGAUCCAAA